AAGAUGACAGCCAUCUCCCCAGAUAAUCACACUUUGGUCUCAAGUGAACAAAACAAGGUGCUAAGAAUGGAGACCCCUGGGGAUCAAGAAGCUCUCCUAAGAGGAGACACUGUUGACCCAGAGUCUUUCAGACAGAGGUUCAGGUGGUUUUGUUACUCCGAAGAGGCUGGACCCAGAAAAGCCCUGAAUCAACUGUGGGAGCUCUGCAUGCAGUGGCUGAGACCAGACAUCCACACGAAACAACAGAUUCUCGAGCUUUUGGUGUUUGAGCAAUUCCUGACCGUUUUACCAGGGGAGAUCAGGAUUUGGGUCAGGUCACAACAUCCUGAGAGUAGCGAGGAAGUGGUGACCCUAGUGGAGGAGUUGACCCAAGUGCUUGAAGAAAAGGAAGAUACGAUCUCUCAAGAUUCUGUUAUUUCCCAAGAGGAGAAUCCUGAAGAAGAUAAAACAGUUUCUGUUCCUCCAAAUACUGAGUCCCAGGAAUCCAUGACACUCAAGGAUGUAGCUGUGACCUUUUCCAGAGGAGAGUGGAGGACGCUGGAGCCUUCUCAGAAGGAGAUAUAUAAGGAAGUGCUGCUGGAGAACUAUAGGAACCUAGAAUUUCUGGGCUUUCCAGUUUCCAAGUUAGAUUUGAUUUCCCAGCUGAAGUGGGCUGGACUACCACGGCUGCUGCAAAAACAAGCCUCAGGAGGCUCCAGACCAGAAUCGACUUUAGAUAAAAUAAUAGAAAGGUAUCUAAUGAGUGGUGAUUGUGACUUGACGGGAGAAUCCUGGAAACAUUAUGGCAGACUAGAGGAGGGUCGUAGUGAUAGGGAGCAUUCACAAGUAGCAAUCACACAAAAGAAAACUCAAGGGAGAGGCAAUAAGGGUGAGGAAUUUGACUCAGAAAAGAGCCCUUUUGGAAAUAACUUCAAACCACCUUCAGACCUAAUUAAACAUCUCAGAAUCUACUUAAGGAAGAAAUCUCGGAGGUAUAACGAAGGCAAGAAACCCUUCAGUUUUCAUUCAGACCUUGUCCCGAACCGCAAGGAACACAGUGGAGAAAAGCCACGAAAAUGUAAUGAAGGCAGGAAAGCCUUAAGUCACUCUUCAUCUCUGACUGAACAUCAGAAACAUCAGAAAAUCCAUUUGGGGGAAAAGUCCCAGAAGUGCAGUAACUGUGGGGUAGCCUUUACUCAAAACUCAUCCCUUAGUAAGAGAAAAAAUUCUACAUGUGAAAAAUGUUGGAAAGAUUUAGGUCAAGAUGCAGCCGUAGAUAAAGACGAGGGAACUGAGACUGGAGAAAAAACCCAUAAAUGCAGCAAAUGUGGAAAAGCCUUUGGCUAUAGCGCCUCACUGACCAAACAUAGGAGAAUUCACACUGGGGAGAAACCCUACAUGUGCAAUGAGUGUGGAAAAGCCUUCAGUGACAGCUCAUCACUCACACCACACCACCGAACCCACAGUGGAGAAAAGCCCUUCAAGUGUGAUGAUUGUGGAAAAUCUUUCACCCUGAGUGCCCACCUCAUUAAACAUCAGAGAGUUCACACUGGAGAGAAACCCUAUAAAUGUAAAGAAUGUGGGAGGCCCUUCAGUGACAGUUCAUCUCUUAUUCAGCAUCAGCGAAUUCAUACUGGAGAAAAACCCUACACGUGUAAAAACUGUGGAAAAUCCUUCAGUCAUAGCUCAUCCCUUUCCAAACAUCAGAGAAUUCAUACUGGCGAGAAACCCUAUAAGUGUGGUGAGUGUGGGAAAGCCUUCAGACAGAAUUCUUGCCUUACCCGACAUCAGAGAAUUCAUACUGGAGAAAAGCCGUAUUUGUGUAAUGAUUGCGGGAUGACUUUUAGCCAUUUUACAUCUGUGAUUUAUCAUCAGAGACUUCAUUCAGGAGAAAAACCUUACAAGUGUACCCAGUGUGAGAAAGCCUUCCCUACCCAUUCGCUCCUUAGCCGUCAUCAGAGAAUUCAUACGGGCGUCAAGCCUUAUAAAUGUAAGGACUGUGGAAAAUCCUUCAGUCAGAGUUCAUCUCUUAACGAACAUCAUCGAAUUCAUACUGGAGAGAAACCCUAUGAAUGUAACUACUGUGGAGCAACCUUUAGUCGAAGCUCAAUCCUUGUAGAACACCUGAAAAUUCAUACCGGAAGGAGAGAAUACGAAUGCAACGAAUGCGAGAAGACGUUCAAAAGUAAUUCUGGCCUCAUCAGGCAUCGGGGAUUUCAUUCUGCAGAGUAA